AGUCGUCCUCGCUCCAGAGCCCUGAGGCGCGCGGGCUCCCGGGCGGCCCAGGCGGGUGCUGCGUGAGGGCGCGUGAGGCAGCGUGGGGCUGGCCGCAGGCGCCCCUGUCCGUCCCCCGCCCGCUCGCUAACCGGCCCAGCCAAGCCCCCGCGCGGGGAGCGCCGGCCCGGCGAGGGCGAGGGCGAUGCCGCGGUGACGGCCCCGCCAUGGCGAAGCCCCCGGCGGGGGCGGCGUCGGCGUCGGAGGAGCUGAGCCAGGUACCGGACGAGGAGCUGCUGCGCUGGAGCAAGGAGGAGCUGGCGCGGCGGCUGCGGCGCGCGGAGGGCGAGAAGGUGGGCCUCAUGUUGGAGCACGGCGGCCUGAUGCGCGACGUGAACCGGAGGCUGCAGCAGCACCUGCUGGAGAUCCGCGGCCUCAAGGACGUGAACCAGAGGCUGCAGGACGACAACCAGGAGCUCCGAGAGCUGUGCUGUUUCCUCGACGACGACCGGCAGAAGGGGCGCAAGCUGGCGCGUGAGUGGCAGCGCUUCGGGCGCCACGCGGCCGGCGCCGUGUGGCACGAGGUGGCCCGCUCGCAGCAGAAGCUGCGGGAGCUCGAGGCACGCCAGGAGGCCCUGCUGCGCGAGAACCUGGAGCUGAAGGAGCUGGUACUGCUGCUGGACGAGGAGCGCACUGCUCUGGCUGCGUCAGGGGGCGCGGGCGGCAGCGGCGCCGGAGGUGCGGGCUCCCGCAGCUCCAUCGACAGCCAGGCCAGCCUGAGCGGGCCACUGGCUGGCGGCGCCGCCGGCGCCGGGGCCCGCGACGUGGGCGACGGCAGCAGCACGUCGAGCGCUGGCAGCGGCGGCAGCCCCGACCACCACCACCACGUUCCACCCGCUCUCCUGUCUUCUGGGCCUCACAAGGCUCCCGAUGGCAAGGCUGGAGCCACACGCCGGUCCCUGGACGACCUGUCGGCUCCGCCGCACCACCGCAGCAUCCCCAACGGCUUGCACGAUGCUUCGUCCACCUACAUCCGGCAGCUGGAGACCAAGGUGAAGCUGUUGGAGGGUGACAAGCUCCUGCCACAGCUGCCCCGCCCCUACGGCCGCCCAAGGAGGCCCCAGCAGACAGGCCCUGGAGAGCUGCGCAUGCUGCGGAAGGGCUUUUCUCCCUACCACUCYGAGUCCCAGCUCGCGUCCUUGCCACCCUCCUACCAGGACUCCUUGCAGAAUGGCCCUGCCUGCCCUGUGCCCGAGCUGCCCUCGCCCCCCUCCGCUGGCUACAGCUCUGCGGGACAGAAGCCCGAGGCAGUGGUGCACGCCAUGAAGGUCCUGGAGGUGCAUGAGAACCUGGACCGGCAGCUCCAGCACAGCUGUGAGGAGGACCUGAGCGAGGAGGAGAAAGCCAUCGUCCGGGAGAUGUGCAACGUGGUCUGGAGGAAGCUGGGAGACGCUGCCAGCUCCAAGCCCUCCAUCCGGCAGCACCUGUCUGGAAACCAGUUCAAGGGUCCUUUGUAGGGCCAUUCUUCACGGAUGUGGACUGGCCCCUCCCAGGGCUCCCAGGCCCUAGACGAGGGCAGGACUCUCGUAAGCCACUGUCUUUCUCUGGUGAGUUGUACAUAGGACACGGACCACCCUGGCUGCGUGCCGAGACACUCUGUCGGCCAGGCCUCCACUCCCGCCUCAUGCACCAGCAAACUGCGAAGAUGCGAAGCCGCGACUGCUCCCUGGUGGCCAGAGUGACCUGGCUCCCUCUCUGGCCUCGGGCUCCAUUUGCAAGAGGCUGAAGGCCCCUGCUGGGAUGCCAGGCUCAGGGACUGUCCAGGCUUCCGUGUCCUGCCCUCGAUGUGGGGGCCGCUCAUCAAGCUUUCCAUCCUCCUGGUGCCCCUGUACUGGACAGAGGCUGUCAUCACCUGAAUCCUGACACAGUGGCACCAUUUCCUGCCCUGCCAUGGUCAGGACCCCAGCUCACCCAGCACUGGGUCCUCUGUGUCAUGGACAAGGAAACUCACCAUGUCUGGCUGCUGGAGCUGCUUGGGGCUCCCAGGCCCUUCCUCUGACCUUGGCCCUGGGAGCUUGGAGUCUCUGCUGUUGGGGGUUGGUGCCAGCCACCCUGAUGCCAGUUGCUGCUUGUUUUUAGUGUUCCCCCUCCCUGAUGCCCCCAAACAUACAUUCUCUGUGGUCUCUGUACCCUGUGCCAGGGUUAGCCCCAUCUUUUAGGGUCCCUGCUGCCCAGCAUCCUACCUGGGGCUCACAGGAACAGGGAAGGUCCUGGAGGGCUUCUGGGCUGAGCUGCAUCUAGGGAUGGGUAGAACCGGGUCAUUCGGAGUCCCUGGUCAGCUGUGGGGUGGCUGCCUCCAGGGCUGGCUCUACCUGGUCACUGUGGACACAGCUACAGGGGCUUCCCAUGAUGAGUAUUCUGUUCUCUUUUGGAAGGAAGGACCCUGACUUGGUUCUGGCUUUAAUUUACUGUGUGACCUUCAUGAAAUCACACAGCUUCUCUGGGCCCCUGCUGUAGAUGGUCUCAGUCCUCACAGCUCACAAGCCAAGGCCAAGCUCAUGUUGCUGCCUUGCUGUCUCAUGGCAGGUCACCUCUUCUCUCCAAGCCUCAGUGUUCUAAGCUACAAAAUGGACGCCACCCUCCUUACAGCAAGAGACCUUCAAUGUAAAUGAUCCCGUAUAAACCAUGAAGUGUGAUAGGAAAUAUUUUUUAGUCUGUGAGAGGAAAAUGAGGCCCAGGAAGGGAGGUGAUAUUGUACUACUACACAUAGUGCCCUGGCUACGGGGGAGAUCCUAAAAUCUCUAAGAGGGCAGGCCAUUUUGAUGACAUCCACGCAUGCACGUAACUGGCCAGCCCCAACCCCGACUCACCUCUGUUCACUUCCCGCUGUCAGCCGUGUCUCCCCUCCUCCGAUGGUACUUGAGCUCCGUGCAGCAGGUACUUGAAGGGCCCAAGGAGCGUCUUCCUAUCAGGCAGGUCUCAUUCAGGCCGAGCCAAGGAUGGGGACCAGGGCAGGGGAGGGCAGAUGUCUUCCUGCUGUUUUCCCCAGCUGGGGACCCUCUAUAGGGAGUGGUUCCCUUGGCGUUUGCCAUCUGCGCCCUUGUGUCCUGCACUCAGGGGAAAGGCCCGCAGCCCUUGGCGUGCCCUGGGAGUGCCAGCUAGGUGCUUCAGGGCUGGGCCUGCUGCUCUUGCUGUGGGCGUUAGCAGAAAGCUCUUCCCAGGAGCUGCUGCCUGGUCAGGUGAUGAGCUCCCUGUCCUCAGGGGUCUGCCCCCAUCUACUGGUCAUGGUACUGCGUCAUGCCUGCCUAAGCGGGAAGCUGGGCUGGUGACACACAUGUCCCUUUGGGUGUGGGUCCAUGCUGUGUAGGAGCCCAGUCCGGGAGCCCACGUGUCGUGUUUGGAUCAGGGUGGCUUGGCCACCACUGAAAUAAGCAAUAAGGGCUCCUGGUAUCUGCAGAUCUACCCAGGGAACAGCCUGGAAGCCACCUGUGUCCUGAGGGAAGUGACCCCAUUCCUGGUGCUGUGGAGGCACCAGGGGUCUGUGGAGCACCUCCUGCCUGCCAGAGGCCCCUGAGUCCACACAACAGUGGACAGCUUUCUGGGACGGGACUGUGACAGUCAUGUCUUCAAUCCAACAGUUAGUAAAAGCCAGCAGCAGCAGGAGCCCAGGUGCCCUUGGCAGUGGCAGAGCCACGAGUGAGCUGGGGUGGGCCCCACCGGGCCUCUCACAGUGGGGAGCCUGUGGCCAUAGCUCAGGGUGACACCGGGUGGCCCUCCCUUCUGGAGCCUUAGCUCUGAAACUCCUGGGCAGGGGCCAAGGGGAUGGCCUUUCAUAGAGGCCCCUUUCCGUUUCACAUGCUAAUUCUCAAUCCUGAAGCCCAAGGACACUCAACACUGGCUUCAGUUCCACUGUGACAGGUCACCCUUCUGGUCCCAGCCCAGGUGGCCUCACCUAUGCUGGAGUCAGAAUCUGCUGAGCACAUUUUUUUAGGGUGGCACAUUUUUAUCCAAAAGUUAUUAGCUACACACCAGUGUUUAAAGAGGAAAAAGUGACCUUUCAUUUGUUUUUUCUUGAAACUUGAGAGGAAAAAAAACAAAAACAUACUACUGAUUUUUUUUUUUUUUUUUUAAAGAAACAAACUAAACGCAUGGCUGCAGAGUGCUAGAGGUGUCUAUUUUUCAUACUGUGGGGAAAGUACUCAUGCUGCUUUUUGGAAACAGGCUGGGACGUCUGGUUCCUGUCCUGGGCCGGCAGCUAUGCUAUUUUCUGUAGAAGGUGACCAAGGUGGACCUGCAGCCACCCCCACAGAGCCGAGCCUGUGGAUUCCCGCCUGUUUCUACCUUCUAUUGAACCACUUUGAUUUGUGGAGAGAAUAGAACUUUUUGAUAGUGUGGUAAAAACAUUGAUUUGAACUAUUUUAGUAAAAGGAGUAACAAAUAAGAUUGUGACCGUGUAUACUUUG